GAAGUUCAACAGCCGGGGCAGUCGGGAGCCGGCAAACGAGGUUUCGACGCAAUUGGAUGCCCUAAAGCGUCAACUCGAGUUAGUCCAAUUGGAAAACGAGAUUCUGAGAAUGGAAUUUGCUCAGCGUCAUAACAGUGCUGCCACACCGAACCAGAACAGUGCUGCCACACCGAACCAGAACUGUGCUGCCACACCGAAUCAGAACGGUGCUGCCACACCGAAUCAGAACGGUGCUGCCACACCGAAUCAGAACAAUGUAUCCACACCAGAUCGAAACGUCGCUGGCGGAGACGCCAGAUCGGAGGGGACACCAGUAAACAACAAUUCUUUGCUGGCCAUGGCCAGAGAAAUGCUCCCAACAUACGACGGCGCCGCUAACAACAAACUGCCUGUCAGCACCUGGAUCGCACAACUUAAUGCUAUCACGAAAAUGUACAAGCUGAGCGAUGACGUGAUCCGCAUGUUAGUAAUGUCGAAACUAAAGGACCGCGCUCAAGUUUGGUUGCACUCGUCUGAAAGUUUGCUGACCUUGCCGAUUCAUGAACUACUACGACAGAUUGAUGAGGCUUUCAAUAGCAAGGAGAGCAAGAUAAUGUCUCGACGCAAAUUUCAAGGGCGCAAGUGGAAUCCGUCUGAAGAUUUUUCCACAUACUUCAAGGAAAAAACCCUUCUAGCCACACACAUCCAAAUGGACGACGAAGAGCUAAUCGACAGCAUCAUAGAGGGGAUUCCCGACACUCUUCUGCGACAGCAAGCACACAUGCAUUGCUUUAACUCGUCUGCACAGCUGUUGCAGGCGUUUGCGAAGGUUGCUUUACGUAAGCCACCACUGUUUUCGUCAGGACGAGCUAAAGUUUCGGCCGGGGAUGGACCUACUUCGGCCCCUCCAAAAAGGUGCUUCAACUGCAACUCCAUUGGACACUUCGCUGCUGACUGCCGCAAACCCAAGCGUGAGCACGGAGCCUGCUACGCAUGUGGCAGUAUGGAUCACCAGGUGCACCACUGCACUGAGAAGAAGUUCGUGCCCAGCAAUGAAUAUAAUGCCUAAUCGAUUCUGGGAGUCCAAUUAGUUUCAUCAAGAUGUCAUACGUGGAAAACAUACUAGAAAAGCAAAAUAUCAAGUCAAAUGAAAAGAUUCUCACAAAUUACGUUGGCUUAAACGGUAGCCCCUUAGAUAUAAUCGGAAAAAUAUCAUGUUUUGUUAUUAUCAAUAAAGAAAUGCUUAAUUUUGAGUUACUAA